CUUUCCUUCUGUAUUUUGUGUUUUUGAGCUUUUUGUUACUACAACAUUUGGGUUUAUUGUUUUCGAAAACAAACACCACCGAAACAAUCAGUUUGUUUGUUUACAUAACUCUUGUGCUUUGAUCAAUCAAGAUCUAUCAACAAACGAGGCCAGCUAUUUAUUGCAUCGUUCGUUUUCUAUGUCUUUUCAAAAUUUCACUUCCAAAGCCAUUAUAAAUUGACUUUUUUGGAACCUUUUGAGAAAUUUCAGAAAUUGUGUAUAAUAAACAAUUAUUGAUUCGUAGUCUGCUAGCAGUGAAAAAGAUAGAAUCAGGAUUUUUGCUUUUUUUAUACAAUAAAGCAAUAAAGUUUCAAUUCUUUCAUUUUUGUCUCUGAAUGAAGCUCGCUUCACUUAGGUUCAACCUUGAAAGUAUUAUUUGUUCACUGUGAAUUUUUACCUUCCAAACUCUUCCUACUACCACUUACUUUCUCAAAAAAGUAAACCCACUAUUGCUGUUAUAUUUUUACGAACUGUCUCCAUAACGUCCUGUUUCAUACAACUUUUAUUAUGACGCUCCCCAUGUUUUCGUUAAAGGGUAAGACUUCUCUUAUUACGGGCGGAUCCGGUGGUAUCGGGUUUUCUAUCGCGAAGGCUUUAGCCGCUUCUGGCUCCAAUGUGGGUCUUUUGUAUGGUAAGAACAAAAAAGCUCUCGACUAUGCUCAAGAGCUUCGCGAAAAAUACAAUGUCAAAGCCGAAGCCUAUCCUUGCGCUAUUGAAAAGCGCAGUGCUGUCAUUGACACUACCAACCGUGCAGUUGAAGAACUCGGAGGCCGUCUGGAUAUCAUGGUUGCCAAUGCUGGAAUCGGCAUUCCGCAUCUUGCUUUAGAAGACAAAGAUGAAGAUACCUGGACCAAGGUGGUGGGUGUCAACCUGAAUGGCGCCUACUACACUGCACAAGCAGCUGGGCAUCAUUUUAAGAAGCAAGGUAGCGGCAGCUUAAUUUUCACCGCAAGCAUGAGUGCUCAUAUUGCCAACUGGCCACAACAAUGGGCCUCUUAUCAUGCUACGAAAGGUGCUGUAAAACAUCUUGCUCGUGCGCUUGCCGUAGAAUGGGCUCCCUUUGCGAGAGUGAACUCUGUCUCUCCUGGAUACAUUGACACCGACUUGACUCUCUAUGCAGAUGAAAAGCUCCGUAAGCAGUGGAAAGAGUAUACCCCUCAGGGUCGCAUCGGCUUACCAGAAGAAUUGGUCGGUGCUUACAUCUACCUGGCCUCUGAUGCCAGUUCCUUUUGUACGGGUACGGAUAUUGUUGUUGAUGGUGGCUAUACUUCCCGUUAAUAUAUUCACUUUGACAAUGGCCGUUUUGAAGUAACCUUUCAAGAAAUCAGCCCUUUUCUUUUGGCUUUCUGGGACUUUUGACUUUUUUAUCCAGCUUCGUAUGUUUUAAGCACUUUCGAUCUUUCUUGUUUAUUAAAGAUUUUCUGUGUCAUUUUUGUUUCACGUACAAAUUCUUAAUAAUUUCCUAUUAAUGAACGAUAAUGCUUUUUAAGUUUCAUAUUUCCAAC